UCGGUUGAUCCGAUAAUCAUCAUUUCGUCGAAUACAUUUCAUAGAGAUUCCUUGAGAUGGGCACUGCAAACGGAAAGUCCCAUUUGUUCUGGGUUUUCAGGAAAGAAAAUGGAUAAGCUGUUGCGUCUCAUCGUUGCUAUUGUGGUGUCUUUGGAACUUGCGCGUGGUUCCUCCCUGAGGAUUUCAGGAGAAAACGAGCAGUUUGAUCUGGCCAAUGGGGAUGGCUCGAAAGAGGCUGUCCAGAAGGCACCCUCUCGAGAUCUGGGAGUGUGGCGCUGGUUCUACGGCCCGCCAAGUCAACCUGACAUUGUCGAAACCGCAAUUGAUGCCGGUCUUAGUACCUUGGUGAACCUCGUUGGUAUUGCCGGCCUCGUGGAUCUAUUGAAAGGUGACGGGCCCUUCACAGUGAUGGCCCCAACAAACCAAGCUUUCGAAGCGCUGCCAGCUGCGACUGUUGACCUUCUCAAGGCAAACAUGACGGCUUUGGUAAAUGUGCUCUCCUAUCAUGUGCUACCAUUCCAAGAAUUGCGCACCUUUGGCAAUCCGUGGAGAUCGGGAGGUCCGUUUCCCACCGCUCUAGCCAACGGAAAUGUGACAACUUCUCGCAAGCGUUCUGGUCGCACCGGUCCUCUAGUCAAAAAAGUGAAUGGUGCCACAGUCCUUGAAUCGGACGUUGUAGCGGAGAAUGGCAUUGUGCAUGUAAUUGACAGGGUCUUGAUACCUACUGAAUAAUAAGGUUGAAGCCUUCCUUUUAUGUUCCAAUGGAGAAUGGCAGUGGGCAAGGGAAAUUCAUCGGGGGGAGACAAGACGUAGAAUGGUGAUUUGCUGGGGUGCUGGUGCGUUGCAGCAUGAUUGAUGAUUCCUAUCCGUUCAUGUAAUUGAGACUAAGCCAAAUUAGUUGAGCAGGUGACGUCUUCACUUCUCUGGACUUGUAACUCCGCACAAUGCCCUGUGGUUGGUGAGUGCUGAGAAUGGGGGAAAAUGAACUCUUUCCGAAGUCAUAACAAGGCAAUGGAUGGGAACCCUAUAUAUUUACAUAGUCCAUGGAGAUGCCGCUACUUCACGUGUUGCUUCGCAGAGAGGGCCAAAACUAGACCACUUUUGCGUUGCUCGUAGCCUUAUUAUUAAUUAACACCCACUACUGUAAUAACUCAACAGUGACAGAUCGCUUCGUGUGCACUGGAGCGUUUGCGCGUCUGCCAAUCACAGCCAAGCACGGCCAAUCACAGUUCAGUUGUUUGCAAGAUCGAGUAUUCUCGAUCGCUCCACUCCAACUGGACGAAUGCUUCUUAGCUCCUUGUACGAUUGUUUAUGCACGUCAAGAUGGUCAUACGAGAAUUCAUAAAGCUCACAAACUACUCAUCUGAAGCAAAACCAAAACAGUUCAACAAAAAUGCCUCCACAUCAUGGUCCAUUCUGCUGUUUCAACCCCCUAUUUCUCUUGUUUCCGUUGUUCUUUCUAUGCUGCCCCCCGGCUCACGGUGGUGGACACCAUCAUCAGCAUGGCGGACCAGGACAUCAUGGAGGCGGUGGCCCAGGUGGAGGGUCCCAUCAUCGCGGACAUGGAGGAGGCGGUCAUCAAGGGGGUGGCAGGGGCGGCCACCGGUAGAAUCUCUCUCUCGCUCUCUCUUCGAGUCAUGUGAAGCCAUUCCUUGUCGUUAUGUAGAAAUUAACUAGAAUCGAAUCAAAAUAAGAAAAAUCCAUCAAAGUACAAUUACCAUGUAGUUAAUAUCAUCCAAAAUUUACCAAAAAAUUGCGACCCUGCGACAAUGGCUACCUAUGGACACGGUAUGCACGCCAUAUCUGUGCUUGCAACUGGGAUGCAGUGUCAGUCAAACGAACGUGUUCAGUAAGAUGCUCUAUAUUCCUUGUUUGUUUGAGAAGAUUUGUCGCGGCAGCAGCCAGAGCGACGAUGCGAUCUUCAGACCAAAUUUUCUCACACACAAAAGCAACGAAAAGCUGCCUACGGUACACUCCGACGGUGCGACGAGACCAGCUAAAAAGAGGGAGCAACAAGCACGAAGCUGAGAAUCCUUGCUGUUGAUGCUACCAUAAUGCAUCCUGAUCGUGUCAAAAGGAAGGGCCAAACCCAAUCCCAAACCCAAAGAACCCAAACCCAAACCUCAGAGGAGUGAGCUGUUGUUUUGGUUCGUACGGUUGCUUGGUUCCUCCUCUCUUCAUUCGAUCAGGCAUGAUGCCAGUGUGUAAAGGACCGUAUCAGAGAGAGAUCCAGGCGAAGAAGAGAGCUUAACGCGACCUUUGGUUGACCAUUGAAAAUUGAUCAGCAAUCGUUUCAACUAAUCCAGGCGGAAUAAGAUGUUUUCCAAUCGUGCGCCGGCCGGCACGAGUUAAAAUCCCCAGA